AUGAUUGAACAUUCUGCCGGAGGUCAAAACUCAUCAAAAUCAAGUUUAUUUGAUAAUUUGAAAUUGCAAAAUGAGAAAGAUUUAAAUGAACUUGAUUUUGCUAAUACAAAAAUAAAAGAUUUGGAAAGUCAAAUCGCUUCAUAUGAGGAUUGGAAAGAUAUAACGAAGAAUAACCAUGCGCGCCUAUCAAGCUUUCCUGAUAUUGAAAAAGAAGUAGAGUUCUUGCGUGGCAAAAACAAAAGUUUGCAUGAACUGAUAGGUGAUAAGCUAUUGCUGGAAGAACAAGUCUAUGGUUUGAAAACGCAACUCAAAAUUGAAGAUCCUGAAGACACACUCAGUAAAAGCGUUAAAAUCGAAGCUGAAGCACCUGGAGAAAUAUUCAAUGAGAAUAUUAAUAAUAAAAAUUACAACGAAAAAGAAUCCGAAGAAAAUGAACUUCUAGGUAUAUCAGUGGAUACCAAUAACCAUGAAGAAAUGUUUAUACAAGGACUGCAGUUAGAAGAAAAACAGGAGCUUAUAACAGAGAGAAAAAGCUGGCAAAGGCAAAUAAAUAUAAUACACAAUUAUUAUUAUAUGUUGCGGUUUGAACACCAAGUAUGUUCUGAAGAGCUAGUUAAAGAGAAAGAUGAUAUUGAUAAUUGGCAUCAUGAAGCUGAAGUAAAACGACUAAAAAAAGUAAAAAAGCUAACUGAGGCUGAGCAGUCGACAGCACGUCCUUGGGAGACUAGACGUCUUAAAGGAGAGCUUAUAGAUUUGAAGGUGUCAGAAUUAGAACAAGAAGUUGAUUUUGGCAAAUUCAAAAGUAAACUCCAAGAAGAAGUAAUAGCUACUCUGAAGAAGGAAAUCGAUAAACAACACAAAUUUUCCACAGUUAAGAUACAGGAUGCAGAAACACAUCAACAGGUGGUACGUAAACGUGAACAAGCGGCUCAACAAAAAUUGGUAAGAAUGCAACGUGAGUUGAUUGAUCUUAAGCAUAAUUCAGAAGAUACAAUACAAAAGCUUAAAAAUGCAAAAGAUGAAAUAGAAACAGAAGUACGUCAAAUGAAAAAUGACAUGACUAACGAAUUAGAAGAAUAUCGACUUUAUACAGACAAGCUCUCAAUGGAAUUACAAUUACUUAAUUUAAAUGAACUUGAUUUUGCUAAUUCAAAAAUAAAAGAUUUAGAAAGUCAAAUCGCUUCAUAUGAGGAUUGGAAAGAUACAACGAAGAAUAACCAGGCACGCCUAUCAAGCUUUCCUGAUAUUGAAAAAGAAGUAGAGUUCUUGCGUGACAAAAACAAAAAUUUGCAUGAACUGAUAGGUGAUAAGCUAUUGCUGGAAGAACAAGUCUAUGGUUUGAAAACGCAACUCAAAAUUGAAGAUCCUGAAGACACACUCAGUAAAAGCAUUAAAAUCGAAGCUGAAACACCUGAAGAAAUAUUCAAUGAGAAUAUUAAUAAUAAAAAUUACAACGAAAAGGAAUCCGAAGAAAAUGAACUCCUAGGUAUAUCAGUGGAUACCAAUAACCAUGAAGAAACAAUGUCACAGUCCAUAUUACGGUUUAAUAUACAGCCGGAAGUGCCUGCUGCAUGUGCAAAUAUGACCGCUGAGUUUUUAAACUGUCCAAUUCUCCACAUUUACAUUGACAUCGUCGCACACAUGUUGGCGCAAUAA